AUGGACAACUUCUUCCCCGAGGGAGCACGGGUCUGGCUGAGAGAAAAUGGCCAGCAUUUCCCCAGUACCGUAAAUUCCUGCGCGGAGGGCGUUGUGGUCUUCCAGACGGACUAUGGUCAGGUAUUCACGUACAAGCAGAGCACAGUCACACACCAGAAGGUGAUGCCCAUGCACCCCAUGGAUGAGGAGGGCGUGGAUGACAUGGCCACGCUGACGGAGCUCCACGGGGGUGCCAUCAUGCACAACUUGUACCAGCGAUACAAGAGAAACCAAAUCUAUACCUACAUCGGCUCCAUCAUCGCCUCCGUGAACCCCUACAAGACCAUCACGGGCCUGUACUCGAGGGAUGCCGUGGAUCGCUACAGCAGGUGCCACCUGGGCGAGCUGCCCCCCCACGUCUUCGCCAUCGCCAACGAGUGCUACCGCUGCCUGUGGAAGCGCCACGACAACCAGUGCGUGCUCAUCAGUGGGGAAAGCGGCGCUGGGAAAACCGAGAGCACGAAGCUGAUCCUCAAGUUUUUAUCAGCCGUCAGUCAGCAGUCCGUGGACUUGUCCUCGAAGGAGAAGACCUCGUCUGUCGAACAAGCCAUUCUUGAGAGCAGCCCCAUCAUGGAAGCCUUCGGCAAUGCCAAGACCGUGUACAAUAAUAACUCCAGUCGCUUCGGGAAGUUUGUUCAGCUGAACAUUGGCCAGAAGGGAAACAUCCAGGGCGGGAGAAUUGUAGAUUGUAUCCUGUUUCGUUUGACUUUUAACCGAGUAGUAAGGCAAAACCCCGGGGAAAGGAAUUAUCACAUAUUCUAUGCGCUGCUGGCAGGGCUAGGACAUGAAGAGAGAGAAGAAUUUUAUUUAUCUGUGCCAGAAAACUACCACUACUUGAAUCAGUCUGGAUGUGUGACAGACAGGACAAUCAGUGAUCAGGAAUCCUUUAGGGAAGUAAUUAUGGCAAUGGAGGUCAUGCAGUUUAGCAAGGAAGAAGUUCGGGAAGUGUUGAGGUUGCUUGCUGGUAUAUUGCAUCUUGGGAACAUAGAAUUUAUCACUGCUGGUGGGGCGCAAGUUUCCUUCAAAACGGCCUUGGGCAGGUCUGCAGAGUUACUUGGGCUGGACCCGGCACAGCUCACGGACGCCUUGACCCAGAGGUCCAUGUUCCUCCGGGGGGAGGAGAUCCUUACGCCUCUCAAUGUUCAGCAGGCAGCAGACAGCAGGGACUCCUUGGCCAUGGCACUUUACGCACGCUGCUUCGAGUGGGUGAUCAAGAAGAUCAACAGCAGGAUCAAAGGCAAAGAUGACUUCAAGUCUAUUGGCAUCUUGGACAUCUUUGGAUUUGAAAACUUUGAGGUGAAUCACUUUGAGCAGUUCAACAUAAACUAUGCAAACGAGAAACUUCAGGAAUAUUUCAACAAACAUAUCUUUUCUUUAGAACAACUGGAAUAUAGUAGAGAAGGCUUAGUGUGGGAAGAUAUUGACUGGAUAGACAAUGGAGAAUGCCUGGACUUGAUUGAGAAGAAACUUGGUCUCCUAGCCCUUAUCAAUGAAGAAAGCCAUUUUCCUCAAGCCACUGAUAGCACCUUAUUGGAGAAGUUGCACAAUCAGCACGCUAAUAACCACUUUUACGUGAAGCCCAGAGUUGCAGUCAACAAUUUUGGAGUGAAACACUAUGCUGGAGAGGUUCAGUAUGACGUGCGGGGCAUCUUGGAGAAGAACAGGGAUACCUUCAGGGAUGAUCUUCUCAACCUUCUGAGAGAAAGCCGAUUCGACUUCAUCUACGACCUCUUCGAACACAUUUCCAGCCGCAAUAACCAGGAUACCUUGAAAUGCGGAAGCAAACACCGGCGGCCCACAGUCAGCUCGCAGUUCAAGGACUCCCUGCACUCCUUGAUGGCAGCUCUCAGUGCCUCUAAUCCUUUCUUUGUUCGCUGUAUCAAGCCGAACAUGCAGAAGAUGCCGGACCAGUUUGACCAGGCAGUCGUGGUUAACCAACUGCGGUACUCGGGGAUGCUGGAGACGGUCAGGAUCCGGAAAGCUGGCUAUGCCGUCCGGAGACCCUUCCAAGACUUUUACAAAAGGUAUAAGGUGCUGAUGAGGAACGUGGCGCUGCCUGAGGACAUCAGAGGCAAGUGCACGGCCCUGCUGCAGCUCUAUGAUGCCUCCAACAGUGAGUGGCAACUGGGGAAGACGAAGGUCUUCCUUCGUGAGUCCUUGGAGCAGAAACUGGAGAAACGACGGGAAGAGGAGGUGAUGCGGGCGGCCAUGGUCAUCCGGGCCCACGUGUUGGGCUACUUGGCAAGAAAGCAAUACAAGAAGGUCCUUGACUGUGUCGUGAUCAUACAGAAGAACUACAGGGCCUUCCUCCUGAGGAGGAGAUUUUUGCACCUGAAAAAAGCAGCUGUGGUUUUCCAGAAGCAACUCCGAGGUCAGAUUGCCAGAAAAAUUUACAGACAGCUGCUGGCGGAGAAACGGGCAGAGGAGGAAAAGAGGAAACGGGAAGAGGAAGAAAAGAGGAAACGGGAGGAGGAGGAAAGAGAAAGAGAGAGAAAACGAAGAGAAGCGGAGCUCCGAGCCCAACAGGAGGAAGCAGCCCGGAAGCAGCGGGAACUGGAAGCCUUGCAGCAGGAGAGUCAGAGGGCGGCAGAGCUGAGCCGGGAGCUGGAGAAGCAGAAGGAGAACAAGCAGGUGGAGGAGAUCCUGCGGCUGGAGAAGGAGAUCGAGGACCUGCAGCGCAUGAAGGAGCGGCAGGAGCUGUCCCUGACCGAGGCGUCCCUGCAGAAGCUGCAGCAGCUGCGGGACGAGGAGCUGCGGCGGCUGGAGGACGAGGCCUGCCGCGCGGCACAGGAGUUCCUGGAGUCGCUCAACUUCGACGAGAUCGACGAGUGCGUCCGCAACAUCGAGCGCUCGCUGUUGGUGGGGAGCGGGUGCACGGGCGAGCCGGGCGCCGGGGCGGAGAAACCCAGCUUCAACUUCAGCCAGCCCUACCCGGAGGAGGAGGAGGAGGAGGUGGACGAGGGCUUCGAGGCCGAUGAUGAUGCGUUCAAGGACUCGCCCAACCCCAGUGAGCACGGCCACUCGGACCAGCGCACCAGUGGCAUCCGGACCAGCGACGAGUCCUCGGAGGAGGACCCCUACAUGAACGACACGGUGGUGCCCACCAGCCCCAGCGCCGACAGCACCGUGCUGCUGGCCCCCUCGGAGCACGACUCCUCCGCGGGUGAGCCCACCUACUGCCUGCCCCAGACCCCGGGGGCCCUGCCCGCCCCGGAGGGCGACUAUGAUUACGAUCAGGACGACUACGAGGACGGGGCCAUCACCUCCGGCAGCAGCGUGACCUUCUCCAACUCCUGCAGCAGCCAGUGGUCCCCAGACUACCGAUGCUCCGUGGGCACCUACAACAGCUCUGGGGCCUACCGGUUCAGCUCGGAGGGCGCCCAGUCCUCGUUUGAAGAUAGUGAAGAGGACUUCGAUCCUCGGUUUGAUACGGACGACGAGCUUUCGUACCGGCGGGACUCUGUGUACAGCUGUGUCACGCUGCCUUAUUUCCACAGUUUCCUCUACAUGAAAGGUGGCCUCAUGAACUCCUGGAAGCGCCGCUGGUGCGUACUUAAGGACGAGACGUUCCUGUGGUUCCGCUCCAAGCAGGAGGCCCUCAAGCAAGGCUGGCUGCACAAGAAGGGCGGCGGCUCCUCUACCCUGUCCAGGAGAAACUGGAAGAAGCGCUGGUUCGUCCUCCGCCAGGCCAAGCUGAUGUACUUCGAGAACGACAGCGAGGAGAAGCUCAAGGGCACUGUGGAGGUCCGGGCGGCCAAGGAGAUCAUAGAUAACACCAGCAAAGAGAACGGGAUUGACAUCAUCAUGGCCGACAGGACCUUCCAUCUGAUUGCGGAAUCCCCGGAAGAUGCCAGCCAGUGGUUCAGUGUGCUGAGUCAGGUCCACGCAUCCACAGACCAGGAGAUUCGGGAGAUGCAUGACGAGCAGGCAAACCCACAAAACGCCGUGGGCACUUUGGAUGUGGGACUGAUCGAUUCUGUGUGUGCCUCUGACAGCCCAGAUAGACCCAACUCGUUCGUGAUCAUCACGGCCAACCGGGUGCUUCACUGCAACGCUGACACGCCGGAGGAGAUGCACCAUUGGAUAACGCUGCUGCAGAGAUCCAAGGGCGACACCAGAGUGGAGGGCCAGGAAUUCAUAGUGAGAGGGUGGUUGCACAAAGAAGUGAAAAACAGUCCGAAGAUGUCUUCCCUGAAACUGAAGAAACGGUGGUUUGUGCUCACACACAAUUCCUUGGAUUACUACAAGAGCUCGGAGAAGAAUGCUCUGAAGUUGGGCACCCUAGUCCUCAAUAGCCUCUGUUCGGUCGUCCCACCCGAUGAGAAGAUCUUUAAGGAGACGGGCUACUGGAACGUCACUGUGUACGGACGCAAGCACUGCUACCGACUCUACACCAAGCUGCUCAACGAGGCCACCAGGUGGUCCAGCGCCAUUCAAAACGUGACCGACACCAAGGCCCCAAUUGACACCCCCACGCAGCAGCUGAUUCAAGAUAUCAAGGAGAACUGCCUGAACUCAGACGUGGUGGAGCAGAUAUACAAGCGGAACCCCAUCCUGAGGCACACCCACCACCCGCUGCACUCGCCACUCCUGCCCCUGCCCUACGGAGACAUCAACCUCAACCUGCUCAAAGACAAGGGCUACACAACGCUUCAGGACGAAGCCAUCAAGAUAUUCAACUCCCUCCAGCAGCUGGAGUCCAUGUCCGACCCUAUUCCCAUCAUCCAGGGCAUCCUCCAGACGGGGCAUGACCUCCGGCCUCUGCGAGACGAGCUGUACUGCCAGCUCAUCAAGCAGACCAACAAGGUGCCCCACCCGGGCAGCGUGGGCAACCUCUGCAGCUGGCAGAUCCUCACCUGCCUGAGCUGCACCUUCCUGCCCAGCCGCGGGAUCCUCAAGUACCUCAAGUUCCACCUGAGAAGGAUACGGGAGCAGUUUCCAGGAACUGAGAUGGAAAAAUACGCCCUCUUCAUUUAUGAAUCUCUUAAGAAAACCAAAUGCAGAGAAUUUGUGCCUUCGCGAGAUGAGAUAGAAGCUCUGAUCCAUCGGCAAGAGAUGACGUCCACUGUGUACUGCCAUGGCGGGGGUUCCUGCAAAAUCACCAUCAACUCCCACACCACGGCUGGGGAGGUGGUGGAGAAGCUGAUCCGAGGCCUGGCCAUGGAAGACAGCAGAAACAUGUUCGCGCUCUUUGAGUACAAUGGACACGUCGAUAAAGCCAUCGAGAGCAGGACCAUCGUGGCGGACGUGUUGGCAAAGUUUGAAAAGCUGGCUGCCACUUCAGAGGCGGGCGAGCAGCCCUGGAAAUUCUACUUCAAACUUUACUGCUUCCUGGACACAGACAACGUGCCAAAAGACAGUGUGGAAUUCGCCUUUAUGUUUGAACAGGCCCACGAAGCCGUCAUCCACGGCCACUACCCGGCCCCCGAGGAGAACCUGCAGGUGCUGGCUGCCCUGCGGCUCCAGUACCUGCAGGGGGAUUACACGCCGCACGCCCCGGUGCCGCCCCUCGAGGAGGUCUACUCGCUGCAGAGGCUCAAGGCCCGCAUCAGCCAGUCCACCAAGAGCUUCACGCCAGGGGAGCGGCUGGAGAAGAGGCGCACGAGCUUCCUGGAGGGGACCCUCCGGCGGAGCUUCCGGACGGGCUCGGCGAUACGGCAGAAGGCAGAGGAGGAGCAGGUGGUGGACAUGUGGGUGAAGGAGGAGGUGUGCUCCGCGCGGGCCAGCAUCCUGGACAAGUGGAAGAAAUUCCAGGGCAUGAGCCAGGAACAGGCCAUGGCCAAGUACAUGGCCUUGAUCAAGGAGUGGCCUGGGUACGGGUCGACGCUCUUUGACGUGGAGUGCAAGGAAGGUGGCUUUCCCCAGGAACUCUGGCUGGGCGUCAGCGCCGACGCGGUCUCUGUCUAUAAGCGCGGGGAAGGGAGGCCGUUGGAAGUCUUCCAAUAUGAACACAUCCUCUCCUUCGGUGCCCCGCUGGCCAACACCUACAAGAUCGUCGUCGAUGAGAGGGAGCUGCUCUUUGAAACCAGUGAGGUGGUGGACGUGGCCAAGCUCAUGAAAGCCUACAUCAGCAUGAUCGUGAAGAAGCGCUACAGCACCUCGCGCUCCGUGAGCAGCCAGGGCAGCUCCAGGUGA